UUCUGAUGCUGCUGGGAGGUGUGUUUGCGGAGAUAGGAAACAGCGCCAGAGUGAGACGUCCGGCCGGUUCUUUUGUGUGUUUUGAAGGACAUUUUGGGCCGCUGAGGUGCUGCGGUGACUCUUUGGAGUGACACUUCAGAGCUCUUGCGCUUUAAACCACCAAUGUUAGCCGCUAGCCUAGCCACCUAGCUUAGCGUCUCGGUGUAUUCCCUAAGCUAGCGGCAUCCUCCAUGCUAGCUAGUCACCUCAUUGGCCUGCCCUCCUCCUCUUCUUCCUCCUCCUCCUCCUCAUCCUCGACAGCCGGUCCUUUGGCGCCAUCACAAUGGCUUUAAAGCGAAUUUCAAAGGAGCUGACGGACCUGUCCAGAGACCCUCCUGCCCAAUGUUCUGCCGGGCCUGUGGACGAAGACAUGUUUCACUGGCAGGCCACCAUAAUGGGACCCCCUGACAGCCCCUACCAAGGUGGUGUCUUCUUCCUCACCAUCCACUUUCCAACAGAUUACCCUUUUAAACCUCCUAAGGUGGCAUUCACAACCAGAAUUUACCACCCCAACAUCAACAGUAACGGCAGCAUCUGUUUGGACAUCCUGAGGUCUCAGUGGUCUCCUGCGCUAACCAUCUCCAAAGUCCUCUUGUCAAUCUGCUCACUCUUGUGCGACCCCAACCCGGACGACCCGCUCGUGCCAGAGAUCGCCCGCAUCUACAAGACGGACCCCGUCAGGUACAACAAGACUGCUCAGGACUGGACUCAGAAAUAUGCCAUGUGAUCCUGCUCAACUCUCACUGGCCAAUCACAGCACUUUGUUCACAUUUUUUUUCCCCCCACUCCUGUCCCAAACCUCAACGUCAUCCAAACGCUGUCACGUGGAGGCGGAGCUACAAAGUGGACAGAAGAGGGAUGCAUGUCAGAGGUUCUGGUCGGCCAUGUUUACUUUUUAGAGAAGCUGAGGUUUUCCUCGCUGUGCUCCUCCCCUUUUUGCACUUGACUUGAUGAUACUUGACAGCAGCUGAUUGGUCCUCUCCCCCCCCCCCCCCCCCCCCAGUAAAGUUGAUUGCACUCAUUUUUGACUAGAUGUUCUAGAAGCUGGAUGAUUGUCAUCAAACAUGACGUAUAAAAACUUUAUUAAUAAAACGUCCAGAUAAAUAGAUGAGAGUCUUUGUGAUCCGUGUCAAAACUUCAUGGAGUUCAGAGAAACAAAUUAAAAAAAAAAAAAAAAAAAAAAACACACACACAAAGAUGAACUGCGUCCAUACGAAAGUCAAAUUUCCUGCUGUUAACGAGACAUUGAACAGCUCGUUAGGCUUCAAGUGGCAGUCAGGAGGGAAGAGGACCACUUUCCAUGUGUUGGCUGUAUUUGAUGUGCUCCUUUCAAGGACACUUCCUGCUUGGGCAAGACUUUUCACACACUUGGCCACGCCUAUGCCGUGGAAAGCUCCACCCCGCUGUCGCACAUUCCGCUGUCCACCCUCGCAUCCAACUUCAAGUCUCGCAACUGAGCGCACACGCCGUCGCCUGCAGAGACAACCCAGUGAGUGACAGCUGUCAUAACGGAAACACAGAGGGCAUCCGCUGAUCGAUGUUGCUCACCUGCUGUCUCGAGGUCAUGGUGACACAGCGCUGCCUCCACGACACUCAGCGCUCUACGCUGGCCGGCUGACCUCAGAGCAGCCGUGAGGUCGCGCACCGUCCCGCCAGACACCUGCAGGGUGGAGGGGUCAGAGGCGAUGUGUGAAUAUUAACACUGAGGUGUGUCACUUCAACAAGAGUAAUCUUUGAUCCUGCAUGAUGAUGUCCAAUGAUAAUUUAACGCUAUUUGUGUUGAUAAUGUUCCAAGACCCACUGCUAACGGCAAAAAAAACAAACAAAAGAAAACACGAAUAAUGGAUAUGCCCAUGGAGAAUGUUCCCACUAAGACAGGGCCAUUCUUGGGAUUUCUUUUUUGGUGGGUUGAAAAAAGUCGCGUUCACACUGCGGGAUGAGUAAAUAGUUGCAUCCAGACGGGACACAUAACUGAGUGAAAACGAAGUAACACACAAGGCACACCUCCGUGUGGCGCUGUGAGCAGGCACGCAGACGGAACCACAUGACACUCCAACCCACAGAAGGAAGAAAGGAUGCACAUAAGUCCGUCGUCUUUCGUUUACGACAGCAAAAUAUCAGGAGAAUGUCGACUGAGGUGAGUCAUGUCCGUCAAAAUAUUCAGAUAUGUUCGGUUGUCAUCAUAGCUGACGGCGACGAGGCGGCGGUGGGUUGGUGACGUCAUCGUUCCCGUACUGCCUGUCUACACGGCAACGACAAGCCAGGGUUUUCAGAUUUUCCCCACUCUUAAAUGGUUUUUGAAAAAUACCGCCGUUCCCACAUGGAUGACAGGCUGAAAAGAUAGAAUACUUGGCCGUUUUGACCUGAAAACGUUUCCAUGUGGAUAGCCUCAAAGCAAAGUGUGGCAGGUGUACCAUUUGCAGCCUGCGGUUUGUUUAAUUGUUUUUUAAAAUAAAAACUAGUAUUUUAAUAGUUUUUAAAUAUCAAAGUGGCCCCC